GUGUUUACCUAAAAUAAAAUCACAGCCAAAAGCCCAAAAGUCGUACUAGUUUCUCUUCCCUACUCCGACCUCAGUGCUUCCCCCUAUUUCCUCUGCUCCAUCGAGUUAGGGUUUUGGGAUCGAUAAUCCAUCCACCUUACCUGAUAAAUCCCUCCUUUCUUAGGCGUCUCUGAGCAUUCGACUCGCAACAUCUAGUGGGCUGAAGCGCGAUACAAGCGAAGCUACAGCAGAAGCUAACUGCGGCAAGCGGUGGUGGCUGUUUUCCAUUACCGGUGCGAAGGCGCGAAUUUAUAUUUCUUGAUUGAAGUCUUCUUCUGUUUCUUCCUCUGGGUUGUUAGCUAGCAGGCAUUAUGCUGGAAUUUCGGGCUGGUAAAAUGCAUUUGGAGGGCAAAAGGGUAGUCCCUGAUACCCGGAAAGGGCUGGUUCGUAUAGACAGGGAUCAGAUAAUUUUUCCAGAAGAGGCGGUUUUUGAGAAGGUCGGUCAAGCAUCAGGAAGGGUCUACAUCUUGAAGUUCAACACAGAUGACCGGAAAUUUUUCUUCUGGAUGCAGGAAUCUAAUGCAGAUGGAGAUGAGGAGCUAUGUGCCUCUGUCAACUACCACAUCAAUAGACCAUUAGAGAUCCUGGAAGAAGAGCCAGAUACUUCUGCUCUUCAAACGUCUGAGGAAAUGGUUGAAGAUGACAUUUCGUCACGAGCUGGAAACAUCGUGCUUCCAAACCUAGGUUCAGGAUCAAUGAGUGAUGUUACCUCUUCAUCCGGACCAGUAAGAUUGGAAGAUUUACAACGAAUAUUGAGCAAUAUCGAACCUGGAGAGAGUGCUGGUGAUCCAGAUGGAGGUUUUGGAUUGGGGGAUAUCUUUAGGCCUGAUCUAAUAAUGCCAUUGAUGGGUACAUUGCCAGUAGAAGAACGAUUGGCAUCUUACCUACCAGAGGGUCCAUGGACUCCAGAGGAUAUUCUAGAGUUGCUGCAGAGCCCACCUUUCCGUCAGCAAGUAGACUCUUUUACCUAUGUGUUGAAGACUGGGCAGAUUGAUCUAUCUCAGUUUGGUGUUGAUCCCAGUAAAUAUCGAUUCACAGUAUCUUCUUUUCUCGAGGCUCUAGAAGAUUCAGUAACAAAAGCAGAGGAUUCAAGACCUGAGGAAAAGGACUUGAGAUCAGAGUCUCGGAAUGAACCCAUGGACGAGAGUCGCUGAGACAGGAGUGCCCAUGCCUGUGAAGAAAGUAAAUUUCUGAUUGUAGAAGAUGGUAACAAAGGACUGGGCCGCUUAACUUGAGAUCUUCCCUUGUAGCUUUGUUUUCCAAUUUAGAAACAUUUCAUGAACCAAAACGUUCGAACAAGCUGUUAGAACUUUGAUGUCAAAGUGUAUGCGCAAUGCUACAUUUUUUUUGUAAGGUUGCAGAGUGAAUUGGCUAUCUUGCAUG